CGCGCGUUCCCGCGAGGGGGGUGCUCUGUCACGACAGAGGUGCUUUUUUCGGCACAACACCGGCGCACCCUGGAGUAUCACACAUUUAUUUUCAUUUCCUCGGAAAUGAAACUUUCGGUUUCUUUUCGAUAUGGACGAAACCAUCACCAAGACACACUUUACUCUGGAUAGGAAAUCCUUCACACACAAGACAGGACUCAGGCUAAUAAACACCAAAGAAUGUCAAGAGCAACGAGUAGCGCUUAAGAAUAUUGAAUACGGACGUCGAUAUUAAUGAAUAAUAAACAAACUAAAAUGGUUUACUCCUUCUGACGCAUCCUGUAUAAAGGAGGUGUCUGAAGACUUCUUUCAAACGUUGCUUCUUCCAGACGAACGUUUUGCCAGUGAAGACUGAUUGUACUCAUACUAUACAUAAUGGAGACUUCUGAUGAAGAGCAAUUUGAAGACGCUCAAGAUUUCCUUGACACAGAGCUACAACCAAAUCUUUAUGAAAAUCAAUCUGCAGAAUCACAUCUAGAAGAGGAGACAGACACUCCAGAACAUGUUCCUGCACCAUAUGACAUUUCAGUGCAGUCCAUUGGGACUGACUUUGCUAGACUUGUGUGGAAAUGCCUAGACAGCAUAUCAACAUUUGAGCUGAGGUGCUCCAGCAGCACGUCCUCAAGCAUCCAGACCCUUUCACAGAAUUAUGCUGAAGUGUCAGGCCUGUGCCCAGGCACCGAGUACACUUUUACAGUGGUUGCAGUCUCAGAAAAUGGAAACCAGAGUUCAAGAGGCAAAGUGUCUGCAUAUACACUUCCAAACCCACCUGAAAGCAUCAAGGUUAAGAAUAUUGGUAGUACAUCAGUUACUCUAUCCUGGCAUCCAUCUGCUUCCGUAGAGAAGAAGUACCAUGUGGUGUGUUCCCAGAAUGGUAGAACUGUUCAUGAAGAAGAAACAGACAAUAACACACUUGUUAUCAAUAACCUGACUCCAGGAAAAAAGUACUCCUUCCACAUUGCAGCAGUACUUAAAAAUGGCAGCACAAGCAAGAGAGCUGUGUCAUUCGCCACAACUCAAACCAAUCUUGAGAGCUUUCUUCAGGAUGUUGGGCUGAAGCAACACCUCGCUGAUAAACUCUCCCUGAGUACUGUACUACAGAUAGACAAGAGCACAGUGACAGAUGAUCCAGCACAGUCUCGAUCAAAUUUACCAUGGCUUUUUCUCAAGAAACUUAUGAUGGUGAAUGUGACUGCAAGAAGUGUCAAAUGUGCAUUAUUAACUGAUGAGGAUGAGGACUUGAGUUUGGAUCUGUAUAAUGAUCUGGACAGUCUUGUCCUUAACCAGGACUCUAGCCAUAAAGUAAAUCCUUUGGACAUCAUAACUGCACUCUUCCUUUGUUCAGACAGUUUUCUUCAACAAGAGAUUGCCUUGAAAAUGUCUAUGUGCCAAUUCUCUGUGCCUUUACUGCUUCCUAAUUGUGACACACAGCAGAGCAUGCUCAUGCUUUGGGCCUUAAGAGAUAUUGUGAAGAAGUUUAGACCACACUCUUUGUCUGAUCCAAGAGGGUUUGUGGAAGACAGGAUCGUUUUGGCUGACUUACCCUUAGUGUCGUUUGUAAGACUUGGAGAGUGUAGCAUUUCCAAAUCUCAAAUCUUGAACAAGCUGCUCAGUAAUCCACAGCAAUAUCAUGAUACAUUUGUGCACCAUGACAUGGACUGUGGAGACAUCCCAAGAAAAAUAUCAAAUGGCUUGGUGGAGAUCAGCUGGUACCUACCUUGUGGAAGUAAAAACAUAGACAUCUUCCCAGAACCUGUGGCUUUUGCAAACCUGAGAGGGGACAUAAGUACAUUUGAGACUCAGUACUCAUUCCUUUGUCAGAUUUCUACAGCAGUUUUUGUGUUUUUUGACAAUUUUGACUCAAACUAUCAGCUACUCACCAAUACACAUGUAAAAGCACAAUUGUUUUUGGUGGGUAAUGCAGACACCAAAGCCUUGAACCUGGAUUUGUUGAAAAGAACAGCUGCUGCAUUGAACUUGAAAAAAAGCAGCAUCAUUCUGAAGACCAAGCAAAACAAUGCAGAUUUUGUCAAGAAUCUGUGUUCUGCAGUGAGUGGUGUUGUUAAAAACAGUUCGAUGACUAUACAACUCGAGAAGAUGACCACAGUUGCAUAUGAAUUUGGAAUAUUGAUUGAUGAAGACAGUAACGAAUGCCAAAAUGCAAAAGAAAAUGCAAAGGCAAUCACUAGCAGGAUACAGGACACACUAAAUUUUAAGGAAAAACAGCUCCCUUUGCAGGGUGAGAUCUGGAAGAAAUUAGGAAAAUUAGAGAAAGAGGAGUGUAGGCUUCGUAAAGCUGGGAAUAAGAACAUUGAGAUCUAUAAAAGUGAACUGAUGGACCAGAAGAUGGAACUGAGGAAGCAGCAAAGCAGAUAUGAAAUGUCAGAAGCCAUGUCCUGCUUCAUAAGUGCAUUAUCAAGUUCAAAUCUUGAGAGAUCUUACUUCUUGAAAUGGAUGCGAAUGAAUCUAGACAAUCUGUCUCGCAAAAAACUAUCUGGCCUUAGAGAAUUGUACAAGGAGAAAUGUCAAGAAUCAUCUGAGAAGAAGGAGGAGAUUGCAUUACUUGACAGACAGAUCUCAAACAGUGCUUUGGGAACUGAACACUUUUUGAGGGAAAUGGGUCAGCUGUAUGAAGCUGCUGUCACCCUUCCAGAAAACAUACAAUCACGACAACAAAUGCUACACUUACCCAAACUGUGCGCUGAGCUCCUUUUAGAUGGAUUCCCUGUUGAACUAGUUGAUGGAGACGCUUCAAAUAUACCUCUAAGGUGGAUUAGUGAUGUACUGAAAGAGCUGAAUAUUUUAGUGCAACCCAAGAAUAAGAUCAUGGUAGUCACAGUAUUAGGAGUCCAGAGCACAGGAAAGUCUACCCUACUAAACACCAUGUUUGGGGUUCAGUUUGCAGUCAGCAGUGGAAGAUGUACACGAGGAGCUUUCAUGUUGCUGAUCAAAAUCACAGACCAUUUCAGAGAAAUACUUAACUGUGAUCAUUUAAUGAUCAUUGACACUGAGGGACUGAAAUCGCCUGAGCUGGCACAGCUCGAUGACAGCUAUGAACAUGACAAUGAACUGGCCACACUUGUUGUUGGACUGAGUGACAUUACCAUCAUCAACAUUGCCAUGGAGAACUCCACAGAAAUGAAGGACAUUCUGCAGAUUGUGGUGCAUGCGUUCCUCAGGAUGAAGGAAGUGGGCAAAAAACCCAUGUGUGCAUUCGUGCAUCAGAAUGUAGCAGAUGUUUCUGCACACGACAAAAACAUGAGAGACCGGAAGCUCCUGUUAGAGCAGCUGAAUGAGAUGACAGAGGCAGCAGCUAAGAUGGAAAACAAGGAAGACUACAAGAAGUUUACUGAUAUAAUGGAGUAUGAUCCAGAGACUGGUAACUGGUAUAUACCUGGGCUCUGGCACGGUAACCCACCAAUGGCACCAGUGAAUGCUGGCUACUCUGAGGCUGUCUAUGACUUCAAAAAGAACAUGAUGGACAUUCUGAUAAAAAAGAAGAAAUCUACAAACAACAUUGAAGAAUUUUUGGAGUGGACAAAAAGCUUAUGGAAUGCAGUAAAAUAUGAAAAUUUCAUAUUCAGCUUUAGGAACAGCUUGGUAGCUGAUGCAUAUAUGAAACUGUGCACUAAAUUCCAUGAAUGGGAAUGGUCCUUCAAAAAGCACAUGUACACAUGGUUAACAUCUGCUGAAACCAGUGUGUCCAAUUUUGAGAUGUUGAAAUCAAAAUCUGACAAGAGAAACCUGCAAGAUUUACUGAAGACCCUGAAACACGAGGCCUCCUCAGAGCUUGAUAAAAGGGAAAAGACCAUUUUGGAAAACCUUGUCAAAUACUUUGAGCAAACAGAGGGUCAUGUCUAUCUCGUGGAAAAAUACAGAGAAGACUUUGUAAACAGUGCAAAAUCUCUCAGGAGGGAAACAGAAAACUCAGUGCUGAGUAAACUAGAGGCAGUUAUUGAGAUUAGGACAGGAAAGAAUAAUUUGGACAACAUCAAGAAAACUCAUACUGACAAAAUGGAAAAGAAAGUGCUAAACCUUCUUGAGGAGCUCCGGAAAAACAGAUGUUCAGAAACUAUGUCUGAAGCAGAGCUCGACAACGUCUUUGAAAACAUAUGGCGGGAAACUGUUGAAGAGCUGUCAUUUAAAGGCUUGCAGAGACAAAUAAUAUCCAACAGUGUUUUUAGCCAAUUACGAACAAACAUGAAACGAAAGGGAAGCUCUGUCUCUGAAAUGUUAAAUGGAGUGGCACUGGAUCAAUAUGGCAAAGAGAAGUUCAUUGUUACGCCAGAAAAUUUUUAAAAAAAAAUGAUACAUCAUGUUUACAAAUCUGAACACACAGUGAGACUGCAAGAGUUGGCAGACAGUGUCAUUGAUGCAUGUAUGCAGUCAGUUAAUGACAAAAAAGAGGGAAAAUCAGAUUAUCAUGACACCUACAUUCAGGAGAUCCUAGACAUAAUUGAUCAAAAAUUGACUUCAGGCAAGAAUCUGAAAUUUUCUGUCAACUUUGAACUUUCUCUUAAACUCCACAUUUGUGCUAUUUCUGCAAGAGAAUUCCAGGCCAUGCAUGACUGUUUUAUUGCAGAGAACGACCCACGCCGAUGCCUUGAGCAAUUCAAAGAGAAGUACCGUGCUGAUUUCAAAGAUCUGUUCAGUAAUCGUGAUCAGUGUCAGAGAAAGGCUGAAGAAUUCACAAAACUCUGCCUGAGCCCUGCAGUUGAGAUAUUCAUCUGUAGCUCACUGGGACCAUUCAGCACUCGUGCAUUUUUUCAGUACUCUAUUUUAAAACAACUUCUGACUGAGAGUGAUUUUCAGAACUAUGUGGGCUACAUACGUUCAUAUGAACGCUUUGUUAAAGACUGGAUAUUAAAACUAAUUACACACAGAUUUUCCGAAGGAAACAAACUUUUUGAGCUGGAACAGCAGCAUCUCAAAGGAGCUAUUAUGGAGAUAAAAGAGGCCAUCAAAAAAGCACAACAUGAGACAGAUGAAACUGAAAGCAUAAAGAGAUUCAUUCAGAACAUUUGCAGAGAGCUUGGAAAAAAACUUGUCAUUCCACACGAUGUCUUGGAAGCAGUCAUGGUUUUGAGUAAUGCCAAACAGGAGCAAUUUGUCCACUGGCUCACGCUGUCUGUGGAAGAAAUGGAAGAGUCACUGAAGACUAAGUUCAAGAUGAGAAACAUUCAGAGCAAACUGAAAACACUCAAAAUCAAACCACAGGACGAGCUGUUCAAGCGUGUGUUUGGCUGUGGGAAACAGUGUCCAUUCUGCAAAGCACCAUGUGAGGCAGGAGGAGAAGCUCAUACACAUCACUCUGCUUCUGUACACAGACCUAAAGGACUUGGUUUAUACAGGUAUGAGCAAUCAGAGAAAUUAGUCACUAACAUUUGUUCCACUGAUGUGAACAGCGACACAAAGUUCAAAUGCCUAGAGACCCACUAUAAUUACCAUCCUUACAAGAAAUAUAGGGAGAUCUUUCCAGAUUGGCACAUCCCUGCAGACCCCAGCAUAGAGGCCUCAGACUACUGGAAGUAUGUGAUGGCGAACUUUAAUGACCAGUUUGCAAAAGCGUACAAUGCAAAGCCUGGAGAUAUUCCCCCAGUGUGGAAAAAAAUCACAAAGCAACAAGCAGAAAACAGUUUGAAGGAGUGUUUUAGUAUCAAGUAAACACUAGAAAAAAUCAUCAGAAUAAGGGAGUUUAAAGAACACUUCUUUUGGCUUGAUGUCAAAAUGCUAUCAGCAUCUUUCCUCUGAUACUAGUAUCAUUUAUUCCCAUAAAGACACCUGUGGUCAACUUAAAAACACUCUUUUUUUAACAGAUAAAUGAUUCUUGUCAUUUCUAGUGCCUUUAAUUUUCUGUUUAAAAAUUCCACACAGCAGACAGAAUAUGAUGCAUUUUAAUAACAGUGAAAUGUCUUUGAUUGUUAAACGUUACUAGUCAUUGAUUGCUUUUGUUUACUAUAAGUUUUUAUUCUUUUCUAGGAUGUUUUUUCUUUCUUUCUUAUUGGGUGUAUAUCUAGAUUAAUAAGAUGGUUUGGGAGUAGUAUAGGGCUAUUAGCAAUGGCCCUUAGUCCAACACAAUGCUAAGCCACAUCUAGAAAACUCACACUUGACCUAAUUAAAUUUCACUGAUUAUCCAGGAUUUUAAUCAUGUUUGUAAUAUUUUGAUGUCUAUAUAACAUAUUCUAGCAUAUGCGAUGAUUAGAUAAAUAUAACACUUAAAUCACAACUUGUUCUAAGAGCAGUGACUGUAAAGAGAUGACACUUUUUUUUAACCUGUUUAACUCUCAAUAAAUUUGUGACUGUCUUAAAUUGAUUUUUUUUUUGG